UCCGCCGUGGCGGGAAUUUCGCCUGUUUCUGUUUUAGACCCCACCGACGCCGCGGUUCUAGACUGGACAGCUGGGGCGGAUCUCCGGGACCGAAAGUGUGAGCCGGACAGGAAGUACAUAAUGGAUAACUGUUCCGCCGCGUCGAUGUUCCUGACCGACAGCUUGGAACUGGAGCUGGGGACAGACUGGUGCAAACCCCCAUGUUUUUCCUGUGGUUUUGACAACCGAGGAGGAGGAAGUCAUUUUUCUGGAGAGUCAUACCUUUCUAGCGGAGCCCUUAAGCGGUUAAUUUUGAAUCUUGAUCCUUUACCAACUAAUUUUGAAGAAGAUACAGUGGAAAUAUUUGGCAUUCAGUGGGUUACAGAAACAGCAUUAGUGAAUUCAUCUAGAGUGCUCUUCCAUUUAUUUAGGCAACAGCUAUACAACUUGGAAACCUUAUUACAGGCCAGCUGUGAUUUUGGGAAGAUAUCAAUUCUACACAGCAAAGCAGACAAUAUUAGGCAGCAGUGUGUGACAUUUCUUCAUUAUGUUAAAGUUUUCAUCUUUAGGUACCUGAAAGUACAGAAUGCUGAGAGUCAUGUUCCUGUCCAUCCCUAUGAGACUUUGGAGGCACAGUUUCCCUCUGUGUUGGUUGAUGAGCUUCAUGGAUUACUCUUAUAUGUUGGACAUCUAUCUGAACUUCCCAAUAUUAAUCUAGGAGCAUUUGUAAAUCAAAACCAGAUUAAGCUUUUUCCACCAUCAUGGCAUUUAUUACAUCUCCACUUAGAUAUCCAUUGGCUGGUGCUAGAAAUUCUUCACAUGCUUGGUGAAAAAUUGAAGCAAGUUAUAUAUGGUCAUCAGUUUAUGAAUCUGGCAGGAGACAAUUUAACUAAUGUCAGCCUAUUUGAAGAACAUUGUGAAAAUCUUCUUUGUGAUUUAAUAAGCCUGUCACUCAACAGGUAUGACAAGGUCAGGCCUUCUGAAGCAUUAAUGAGUCACCACUGCCCAUGUCCAUGUAUUAAAGAAUUAUGGGUUCUACUCAUUCAUCUUCUAGAACACAGAAGUAAAUGGUCUCUUUCAGAGUCAUUUUGGAACUGGUUGAAUAAACUGCUUAAAACAUUCUUUGACAAAUCAAGUGACCGAAGACGACCUUCUGUGCCUAUAAUCCAGCCCAGGGAUCCAUUAGGUUUUAGUUGGUGGAUCAUCACUCAUGUAGCAUCAUUUUACCAGUUUGAUCGCCAUGGAACACAAGAUGAAAUGAGACAAAUGGAAUCAAAUUGGAAUUUUGUAGAAGAACUGCUAAAAAAGUCCAUCGGUGUUCAGGAUGGUAUACCAGAAGAACAAUUACGAAUGCAUCUGCACUGUUGUUUGACGCUUUGUGAUUUCUGGGAGCCAAACAUUGUAAUUGUCACCAUUCUAUGGGAAUAUUAUAGUAAGAACCUGAAUAGUUCUUUUAGCAUCUCUUGGCUUCCUUUGAAAGGCCUUACACAUAUUAUUAAGUCACCCUUGUCUAUGCUAGAAAUGGUGAAGACUUGCUGUUGUGAUAAACAAGAUAAUGGCCUGUAUAAAUCCAGCAGUAGUUACACCAUUUUCCUUUGCAUUUUGGCAAAAGUUGUUAAGAAAGCAAUGAAGAACAAUGGCCCUCAUCCUUGGAAACAAGUCAAAGGAAGAAUAUAUUCUAAAUUCCAUCAAAAAAGAAUGGAAGAACUAACUGAAGUUGGUCUUCAGAACUUUUUCAUCCUUUUUCUACUCUUAGCAGCUGUUGCAGAAGUGGAAGAUGUAGCAGGUCAUGUGUUAGGCCUCCUGAAUUUCCUCAAGCCUUCCUUUAUAACAUCUCCUCUCAUUUGGAAGGGUCAAGUGGCCUUCCUCUUGAUGUAUAUCCAGAAAAAUCUGGACAUUGGUGUUUUGGCUGAGAAAUUUUCAGGUGCUUUUCGAGAGAAAGCAAAAGAAUUCUUGGUAUCUAAGAAUGAUGAAAUGGGACAAAGACAGACUCUCUGGACCCUUCUUUCCAUCUAUAUUGAUGGUGUUCAGGAAGUGUUUGAGACUAGCCAUUGCUUGCAUCCUUCCCAUGAAAAACUGCUUAAUGAUGGAUUCAGUAUGCUUCUGCGAGCUUGUCAAGAAUCUGAACUUAGGAUCGUGUUGAGCUUUCUACAAGCUGUUCUGGCCAGAAUCAGGAGUAUGCAUCAACAAUUGCGUCAGGAACUUCAAAAGGAGAAUGUGGACCUAACUGCGCAGUCUUCAUUAUCGGCUAAAGAGCGCCACCUUGCUGCAGUUGCCAGUGCACUAUGGAGACAUUUCUUUUCAUUUUUGAAGAGUCAGAGAAUGUCACAGAUAGUGCCUCUCUCAGAACUUGCGGACGCAGCUGCAGAUUUUACUUUGCUAGCAUUGGACAUGCCCAGCACAGCUCCAUCAGAUCUUCAGCCUCAGCCAGUUAUAUCAAUAAUACAGCUUUUUGGUUGGGAUGAUAUCAUCUGGCCCCAGGUUGUAGCAAGAUAUUUAAGUCAUUGCCUACAAAAUAGCAUGUUAUGUGAAGCACUUUCUCAUUCAGGCUGUGUAUCUUUCCAAGCCUUAACUGUAAGAUCAUGGAUUCGUUGCAUUUUGCAAAUGUAUAUAAAAAACUUCUAUGUGUCUGAUGAUUUGUUCAUUGAUAUAAAUCCUGGACAGGCAGUUGAAAAAGAGUACUUGGGACAGUUGGCUGAACUGACAAGGUUGCUAUUUAAACUCUCAGAAGUAAAGAAUAUUUUUUCAAAGGCUCAAGUUGAAUAUUUAUCCAGUCCAGAAGACCCUACAAAAGCACUUAUUCUAUUUUUUGAGGCUAUUGGUAUUACUUAUGGGAAUCUGCAGACACUUUCUGAUAAAUCUGCCAUGGUCACAAAGUCCUUAGAAUACCUUGGUGAAAUAUUAAAAUAUAUAAAACCUUAUUUGGGAAAAAAAAUUUCUAGUGCAGGACUGCAACUGACUUACAGGAUGAUGGGAAUUCUUGUUAAAUCAUGGGCACAGAUCUUUGCCACCUCUAAAGCCCAAAAACUAUUAUUCCGGAUCAUAGAUUGUUUACUGCUGCCACAUACAGUGUUACAGCAAGAGAAGGAACUGCCUGCACCUAUGUUGAUCGCAAUUCAAAAGAGUCUUCCUUUGUAUCUCCAGGGCAUAUGCAUUGUAUGUUGUCAGUCUCAAAAUCCAAAUGCCUAUUUGAACCAGUUACUUGGGAAUGUCAUUGAGCAGUACAUUGGGCGGUUUCUUCCAGCUUCACCACAUGUUGCAGGACUUGGACAACACCCUGUUCUGAUGGCACUGAGAAACUCCGCCACUCUUGCACCGAUGUCACUUCUAAAGAAAUGCAUUAUACAAGUCAUAAGGAAGUCCUACUUUGAGUGUAAAGGGUCCCUGUUCCCUCCUCGCUUGGCAUCUAUCCUGGCCUUCAUCCUCCAGCUCUUCAAAGAAACUAACAUAGACAUUUCUGAGGUUGAACUGCUCCUCCCUGGCAUCUUAAAAUUGUUGGUGUUGGUCAGCGAACCCCAAGUGAAAAGGCUGGCCACAGAGAACCUGCAAUACAUGGUAAAAGCCUGCCAAGUGGGGUCAGAAGGAGAACCCGCCGCCCAGCUGACUUCUGUGUUUAGGCAUUUUAUCCAGGAUUAUGGUACGAGGUACGAUAAUCAGAUUUACGGCAUUUUAGAAACAGUAGCAGCAUUGGACCAGCAGGUUGUUAUCCAUUUGCUUUCUACCCUCACUCAGUCUCUGAAGGAUUCAGAGCGGAAAUGGGGCCUUGGCAGAAAUAUCGCACAAAGGGAAGCCUAUAGCAAACUUUUAUCUCACCUAGGACAAGUGGGACAAGAUGAAAUGCAGAGACUGGAGAGUGAUAAUACCUAACAUAUUUUGUGAUUUGCCUUCUCUGUUAUAACUAUCUGAAGCCGCUUUGCACCAUUCUGAUUCAUACUUUUAAUUGUGUGAUGUUCUGUUAAAAAUUCUUUCUAGGAUUUUUUUCUUACAUACCUGUAAGUAUAAGGUACAUAAAUAAGGAAAUAAAGGUUAAUUAAAUAUAUUUUAGGACCUUUGGAACUUGGCAGAAUUGCAUUCUCUUUUGAAGAGUUUUUAGUUUAACUUAAAGGAACCUUUUCUAACUGUGAGUGUUACAUGUGUAUGUCUGUUAAGUAGAUUUGCACCAGUCAUUCCAGGAACUUUUCACUGUAAUGUGACUUUCUGUCUUGUGAGUGAUUUGUUUUGUUUCUUACAUGUUUUAAUAUGAUGUGGGUGUUUUUUUGUUUUGUUUUAUUUUGUGUUUUUUAACAUUACCUGGCUGUUCUGUGCUAGUUUUGGGGAAAGGGGGGUUCAGGAGGUGGGAUUGUAUGUUUGUCAUCUUUUGUUAUACUGUGUCUAAGGCAAGUUAAUAAAUGCCCAGCACACUUAGCUCUGUGAGGAAUGAGGCUGAGUCUGGCCAAAUGAAUAUACAGAUAGUAUAUAAAAUGUUUUAAAACUUAAGCCAACAGUGUUUAUGCUUAGGUCCCAACAGUUGCCAGAUUUUUUUUUUUCUUUAGUUGUCCUUCUUUUGGGGAAUUUAUUAAAAGACCUCUAUCAGGAGGAGGAUAAAUAAGACCCUUUAAGAAAAGAGAAAAUAACAUCUAAAAAAAUCUUCAGGUUACAUUAUUAACAGAAGAUUUCUGAGAACUCAGCCCAUUUAUCUCCUCAUCAAUUAGAGCCUUUUAUAAUUUAGCAUCUUACAUUAUGUUUACAAGGAACCAGUUUACUUUCCUUUAGCAGCUAUUGUGUCUCAACUCUUUAUUUCAUCCAGAUUUUUAUUUUACCAGUUGGGCUCUUAUCCUUGUCUCCUUUUUGUGGUGAGCUUUACUUGGUGAAAGAACUCCAGUCCUAGUGUUGGGAACCCACCUAGGUCUCAAAGCCAGCUCUGCUUUGUAAACCUGAGCAAGUCACUUAACCUUGCUGAGCCUCAGUUUCUUCAUGGAGAAAAAAAGAAUACUAAUCCUUUUUCUUUUUCACGGUGUCCUAGUAAGAAUCAGGGGAUAAUGUAUGUGAAUGUAUUGGUGACAUACAUUCUAUUUGAGGUGUGCAGACAUGAUUACUAAUCAUUCAUGCCCAAAGGUAAUGAACACCUCUCAAUUUUGUCCCUUUUUCUCUAAUAGGUCCUAGAUGAAUGAGCACGCCCCCCUUGGGACCCCCACCCCCCCGUUUUUUUUCUUCAAAUUUUUUCUUACACAUCAUGUUUGCUAACUUUGCAAUAACUUACUGUUUCCUUCUUGGGACUCUAGUCUUUAUCAUGGUUCUUCUAUUCCUCCUUUUCUAACUCAAGAAGUAUCUUUAAAGAUGAAGUGUAUUGCAGUCAGCGAACUAUACUUGUUAAUGCUGUCCUUACUGUAAUGUGUGAAGUCUAAAGGAGUAUCUGUUGUUUUCACAACAUACAAAUAGUUUAUCCCCCUGCCAGAUCAGCUAUUAGUACUUCAACAAAUGGAAUGAAUAAAAGCCUCGUUAAGGUUACUUAGUAGACUUUAAAGCAAUGAGUUUUUUAUUAUCGUAGUGACUUACUAAACUUAAUGUAUUGCUUUGCAGGUUUCAGCAAAUGAAGCGUACAUCUGUUUAAGGUGAUGCUUUUAAAGAAGUUAUUUAUGUGUAUUUAUAUUUUUAUUUCCAAAAUAGGAUUAAUAAGAUAGCUUUGAGAAUCAUGUUCCUUAGAAUAUGAAACUUUUAAGAGAUGAGAAAAGCCACUGCUGAAUCAUGCAUUAGGGCAUAUGUCUAUAGAUGCUAAGAAUAAAUAGUUUAUACUUUAAAAAUCCAUAACAAAAAAAAAUCUGUGACAAUACAUAUGUGUAAAUACAUGUGUUGAAGUGUGUUUUUAAUUGAAGAAAAAAAAAUUUAUGACUCAGUUCAUUUUCUUGAAAAUCUUCACAGACCCUUCACUUAAUAGGAUAAUCUUACCUUUUUUCUAUUCCCAGACUUAGAGUAAGUACCUUAUUCCUGCUUCCUUAAUAUGUAUUUACCCCUAAAGAACCUGUACUCUGUGGGGCUGCUGCUUCUAUCUCUCUAUUGUAAGCCGUUCUCUUUUGGUGCAGUCUGAGAGUACAUUCUCAUUUCUCAUGUCCUUUGGCCUGACAUCUGUGUUUUCCUUCAUCUUCUCAACCCUUCCUUGGUGCUACUCCUCCUCCCUACAUACUGUACUUUGAAAGCACCCUCAUGUUCUCCUUUCCGGUCCCCAGUGGUGAGAUGUGGCUCUUCACUUGCUCCGUCUCAACAUUCUUCUAGUAGUGAACUGCGAACACUAGCUCAAUUAUAAUUUCAUCUCUGAAGUCUAUUUCUAGUGCUAAUUUCUCUCUAAACCCCUCUAGUUGGAUCCUCCUGAAAUCUCAAGGCAACAUGUCAAGCUGCACUUGUCAAUUAUUUUCAACUAGCUGCUGCCUUUUCUACCCAGGGAAUACACUGUUUUCACAAGUUAUUUAGCCUUGAAACUUCAGAAGCAUCUUGGAUUCUUACAUGUCCCCCACUUUCAGGUGAUCACCAGUACAGGCUCUUGGUAUUUUUUUCUUUUUUCCAUCCUAUACACCCCAACUGUCUUUCCUACUGUGCUCUAUUGAUCUUCUUACCUCCUUAUCUCUGAUCUUCUUCCCUGUAAUUCAUCCUCACACAGUUCUGGCAUUAGUGUUGCUAAAAUAAUCCUUUCUUCCUGUUACUUUUCUGCUCAAGGACCUCCAGUUACUUGCCAGUGUCAAUAAGCUGACAUUCAGAGUCUUCAGGAGACUUUCUGCCAUCCGACUCUACCUUUUCUAUGCAAACUUAACUCACACAGGAGACUAGACUGCCUUAGACAUCUGAAUGCCAUGUUCAUUCUGCACUCUGAGCUUCAUUCAGCUUGCCAGGAGAGAAUACUACCCUUUCUAUAGAAACCUAGCCUUAAGACACUUAAGUAGGAAGACAGUUAAAAUAUAAGUAUUCCAGUCAAAUAAUUUCUGUAAAAUAUCAGAUGGAAUAUAAAAGAGAUGAUUGAAGGACAACAGAGUGGUAGAAAGGACUUUAUUAGACAUUCAGAUUUGGUUAUGAUUUAAAUUUUAAUUGAACAUUUAAUUAGGUUUUCAUGGGGGAGUAAAAAACAUGGAGUAUGAUCUCUGUACAGAAAUCUUUUAGUAUUGACUUCAUUUGCAUUAGAAGAGUUUCAUAGUUUAAAACUUUUAUAUCUUUACCUAUUCCUAGCAUAUUUUUUCUUAAGCCUAUUUGACUUUUUCUACCUGGGCAUCUAUAUUAAAAACAAAAACAAAAACAAAACUUACCUGUAGCCUGUGUGUGUGUUCUUUACCCAUUAUUAUUUUCUUUCAUGCUUCAUCACAAAUUUUUAAAACUAUUUUGUUCUUAAAGAAUUACGUGUACUUUAACAGAAUCUUUGACAGCUUUUAUUUUUACAUCCCUUUGUUAAAAUUAUCUGUUCUAUAAAAAUUUGACAAGUUUCUGCAGUUGGGAAAAGCCUCUAGGAAACCUGUCUUCCCUCAAUCCUAUAGAUUUUAUGUAAACCUUACAUUUUUCCAAAAGCUCUUCUCCUGCCUUCUCCUCCUAGGGUUAAAAAUACUGCCUUGUCAGUCAAGUACAUAGCAUGCCAAUAUAAAUACCAUGUUUUGUUUGCUUAAGACAGUUGGUUUGGGAAGCUAGCAAAGUAGCAUAUUUUUUCACAUAUUUAAUAAGAUAUAAGAUUUGUACUUUGAUUCAGUGAUAAUCUAUAUUGCUAAGAUUACCAAAAUAAGUACUACAUGAUUGGAAUUGAAUAACUUCUGCUUAUUAAAGUUUUUGGUGUGCUAGUAGUUAUCCAGUUUAUAGCAUUUAUUGCAUUUGUGAAUUGUGUUUUCAGAAAAUGCUGGGCCUUAUUGUAUAUUGAUAAGUUAAUUGUGCAUAUAAUAAUUUUUUAAAUGUAUAUAUUUAGUUUAUACUUCAUGAUUAUUACACUUCCUUUUUUAUGAAAGAUUUGAAAACCAAAAUAAAAAUGAACCAUAUUACUUGGAAGAA